AGGGAAGGUUGCCGGAGAGAGUAGAGAGGGCAGACACUCAGCAGAGAAAGGUGAGAUAAUAAUAUGACUAUGUAGCAAGCUAGCUAACUAAAGAUAACACCAGAGUUUUAUCCAACAGUCGCUUUUUUUUUCUACUGAUAAGCUGUAGAUAGCAAAGAUCGCUGAGCUAACAUAGAUAUAGCUGCGAUGCAACCAAUAAGGUUUUUACAUUGUGCUGAACUGUAAAACUCUUGCUUACAUCGAAACUAUCUUAGCUAGCUACUGUAUCUGUGUGUCUGGAACGUGAACUAGUUAAAGUUAACUAACGCUAGCUAGCUAACUGCUAACAUUUUAUGGAUAUAAAUCCCUUUCAAGUUGUCAAUGAUAAUCAUGAAAAUAAAAAAUAUGGCUAGCUAUCUAUGCUAUGGUAGCCACGUGAGCCAGGCCUGUCAGUCAAUACGAUGUCCUUGCCAUAGACGUCUUAAACCGUCUCUGCCUCUAAUCAAACUAGGUACUUAUUUUAGCUAACUCCUAAUAUAGUAUUUCAAUCUACACUGUUAUCACUGUUAAACUGUAGUUUGGUCGUAAAUUGGUGGUCCUCUGUAGGUCAAUUGGUAGAGCAUGGCGCUUGUAACGCCAGGGUAGUGGGUUCGAUCCCCGGGACCACCCAUAAGUAAAAAUGAAUGCACACAUGACUGUAAGUCGCUUUGGAUAAAAGCGUCUGCUAAAUGGCAUAUUAUAUUAUUAUAAGUCUCUAAGGACAUCUGGCAGAUGGAUCUUAUAACUAUGGCUUCCUCUAUGUGCACAGUCAUUGACGAUCAGGAAGUGACAGCUCUGACCUUGAUGGUAUGGGUAGGGAUGUCAAAGCCAUACUAUAAAUGAUCUCAGCGGAUGGGUACUGCUAGCUUGUUAGCAACCAUAUGAAAUAUCAUAUGCCAUGGGAGAGACAGCUCAAUAUCAUUAUUAUUAGCUAACUAGGUAACAUAAUCUGGUCUAGCUGGACAUGAUGAUGAUGAAGAAGAUGGGGAUUACUGUGUCUUAACUCUUCAUUAUUCAAGAAGGUGCGUGUGUGUUUUUGGUAUAGGGCUCCUGGUUCUCUAGAGCCUCUUAUCCCUGAGCCUACUAGGUGAAGAAGAAUGUGUAGAUGUGCCCUUGAGCAAGGCACUUAACCCCAAUUGCUCCUGUAAAUUGCUCUGGAUAAGAAAGUCUGCUAAAUGACUAAAAUGUGAAACAUUUUUAGUCUGUCAGGGGGAUAUACUUGUGAUGCUGACAUGGUGUGUGUGGGGGUGUAGAACUGUUUCUAAGGGGUGUGUGUUCUCCUGCCAACCACAAGGAAACGGCGGGAGAACUGAUGUAUAAUUUCCUGGUUCUCACUUGGCUACGCCCCCCUCAGAAGCAGAUUAGAGAAGAAUAAUUUUCAGUUGAUGGUGUGAGUUUCUUAGCCUUGCCCUUGCCCCAGAUCUGUUUGAUGCUGUGACUAUGAGUUUCUCACUUAGUUUUGUUAUUUGUGUGUGUGUGUUGGCUCCAGUGUGAGAGAAGGCCAAGGUCCAGACUACUGUUGAGACUUAGCAAGGUUAGGGAGGGAUAUCAUUGGAGAGAGGGGACGGGAUAGAGAGGUUUGUCUCUGUGUGUGAUCAUUUCUUAUGUUGAGUCACCUGGUGUCAGUUGGUUGCAUAAGUAUUUCUGUGUCAGUUUGUGGCUUUGAUUGUAACUUCCUGCCUGAAGCAACCUGAGCUUGACACAUACAUGCCACACAGACACACCUAAACUCUGUAUUUAUUUACAGUACAAAAUAUUCCUGGGCCUGAUGGUGUAGCUCAGGUAUAGAGAAUGGCUGUUCUGUUUUGUUUUUACAGUACAGCCCUCUUCUCCAUGAAUGGUUUAUUAAUUCCCUCCACCUUGAAGUGUGAAACAUGAUGGAAAUUCUGUCAUGCCCAUGAUGCUUACACCAAUCCAGUGACUUUAAGUCCAUGAGGGGGAGUGAAGAGGUGCAGACUAGAGCUCUUCACAGAUCCACCUGUACUCGAAUACCCGAGACCCGAUCCGGGACUCAAGUGGGUCUGGAUCCAGAAUUCUAAAUAAUGUUGCGGGUCUGGGUUGGAUCUGAUAUGAUUGUCAUAUAUCUCGGGUAUAUGCAAUUUUAACUGACUUGUCAAGAAGGGCCCAUACUGAUCCGAACUGGACUGCUGCAGUAGAGCGAGAGAGCGGGAGAGAUGAGUUUGAAACUUUAAGCUAGUGCUCUUGCUUUUCACGAGAGUGGAGCAUGUAGCUUGUUGUGGGCCAAUCAUGAGUUAUCAAAUUGGUAAUAGGCUGUAAUCAUAGAGCCUCGCUCCAUGUGUGUCAAAAGUAAGGAGAUAUCUAAUCAAUGGAAGAUGGAAUUAAAAUGACAUAAUUAAAAGGAGAAGGAUAGGCUACAAUGACCAAGAGCCAAUAGAUAGGCUGCUACUUACUAUUCUGAAUGGAGUUGUUGUUAUUUGUAACUGUAGGAUUAGAAAGCGCAUGCGCACUGUAGCCUCAGUUAGCCUAGCUAGCUAACAUUAGCUACCUUAACUAGCUUCUCCCAGUUUGAUGCAGUGAAGACAAGUACUAAGUAAUCAUUUAUUUUUUAUAUUUUUUUACAUUUUUAAUAGACGGUCUUAUCCAGACCGACUUACAGUUAGUGAAUGCAUACAUUAUACAUUCUGGCCCCCCAGAUGCUAAAAACCUAGCUACGGCAGCUAUUAGUCUACUAUAGCCCCUCCCCGCCUGCUAGAGCGGCACGUCUCUCCCUCCGCUUUAUCAGUUCUGGUUAAUAAAGUAGCUUAUAAAAUGACUUUUCUGCUGCUUCCCUCACUCUGAUCGGGUCUAUACGGAACGGUUCUAGUUGUCCAUUUGGAACGGGUCUCUAUUUUUUAUUUAUGCAUAUCGUGUCCGGGUGGGAAAGCCCCAGGUCCAACUUUAUUUUUGGACCUGUGAACACCUCUAGUGCAGACUUCAGGGAGAAGAGAGAGAAACGGAAUGAGGAUAUAAGCUUUCCUCUCUCUCUUUCUUUCAAUGCCCUUCUCACCCUCUGUCUUCUACAUCCCUGUCUUUGCUUCUCUCCAGAUUCACCAUGGCAGCAACUAUUAAUCAAGCCAGGUCGGGGCUUUUCAAAAUGGUAAGCGUCUCUCAAACACACAAACAAUUUGCCUCAGACCCCCACAAACACAUAAAAUCUCUUUCUCUCCCCCUCUUUGUUUCGUGUGUGUGUAGUUUAAGAGUGAGCGGUACAGCAGCUUCACUCUGCAGUCAGAUGGAGAGAGAGACGGAGGGAGCCACUUGGAGGUGAAGCUGUCUGAUGUCAUAGAUGACCACGCCCCCUCUGAGCAGGCGAGCCAACCAGGGGGCUCGCACUCCUACAGGCCCCGCCCCCAGCGGAACUACUGCAAAGUGUGUUACCUGGCCCUUGGAACCCUCUUCAUCUUCAUCAUCGGUACAUACUCUUCCUCACUCUCUCUCUUAUGUCUUUGUCCCAGGUGAACUGGGUGACACAAAACUUGCCUUCUCUCUAACCAAUUCCUGCCUCCUCUCUGUUUCAGGUUAUCUGAUUGGCUAUGUGAGCCACCGUUCUCCUCGCCAGGAGCCAAUCCCUUGUGAUUCUGAGCAGGAAGUAAGCGUGGCUGAGAUGGCUGUAGUAGAUUCCGCUCUAUCCUGGACCGACAUCACCAGCAUGCUGGCACAGAAACUGACUCCUGACGCCUUCAACAGCAGACUGAGGUACACACACACACACACACACACACACACAGCUGAAAAGACUAAUUAACUAAACUGUCCUCUGUCGCUCUCUGUCUGUCUGUCGCUCUCUCUCUCUCUCUCUUUGUGUCUCUCUCUCUCUCUUUGUGUCUCUCUCGCUCUCUCUGUGCAGUGAUGUUGAACAGCCAGAUCACGCGGCAGGGAGCAUUGCAGACAACACAUUGGGAGAACAUGUGUUUAAAAGCUUUAAGAAUCUGGAGAUGGAGCCCUGGACUGACAUACACUAUGUCCAACUACAGACACUCAACAGGUACUCACACACACAUACUCUGUCUCGUACACACACACAUAAUUCCACUUUGCUUCUAACGGUCUCUCCUCCAAUCCCCUUUCCCCACAGUGAGAAGCCAAACCGUGUACUGAUUGGCCAAGAGGAGUUGUGCCAGCCUAAGGGCUAUCUGGCCUAUAGCGCCACAGGAAAAGUGAAGGUCAGCCAAUCAAUGUCCACAUUGACUGAUUAUCUUUUUGAUAUUUUGGGCCAAUAUAAUCUGUUACGGUUAAAUGCUUGGAAAGGGACAUGUUUUUAACAUAUCAUGUUUGUAACAUAUUUUCUGCCACAUUGGAUGUUUGCAAUCACAGUUGUUGCCUGAAUCUCACAAGGAUGAAUUGUUUUGUGUGUGCAGGGCAAGGCAGUGUAUGGUAACUAUGGGAGACAGGAGGACUUGAUGCUGCUGCUACGGACUCUGAAGGUUGAGCUGAACGGCACCGUGAUUCUACUGAGAGCUACAGGACAGAUCAGCCUGGCACAGCAGGUGUGGUGUGUGUGUAUGUGAUAGAAUAUGUAACAGUGGAUUUUGGUGUACUUACGUGUGUUUGUGUUUCAGGUGGCUAAUGUAGCCGCAUUGGGAGUAUCUGCUGUGUUGAUUUACCCCGACACUAAAGACUACAAGUUACAAACUACUGAACGAUACGGACAUGUGAGUACACACACAAACACACACACACACCACUACAGGGUGAAUCUUAUGUAGUGGUGAUUACCGAGGCUGAUCCAGAGGUACUGCUUCAACUGCAACCCUUUGAAGUUAUAUCUGGUGUUCUAGCUCUGAUUCUGUGACGUUCUCCUGUAGGUCCAUCUAGGUUCUGGAGACCCCUAUACUCCUGGGUUCCCCUCCUUCAACCACACCCAGUUCCCUCCCACCCAGUCCUCUGGUCUGCCCAAUGUACUGGCCCAAAGCAUUACUGCUGCCACUGCUGCCAAGAUACUAACGUAAGACCUCACACUCACAGACACACAGACACACAGACACACUCAUGCCUAACUGUGUGUCUCUCUCCCCAGACGUAUAGGUGGGCCUGAGGCUCCUCACAGUUUUAUAGGCGAACUGGACAAUGUGAAGUACACCCUGGGAGGGGCCAGUAGUGAUGAUGUCACAGUGGAGGUGAACAACGUGUUGCAGGACACAGAGAUCCACAACGUCUUUGGAGUCAUCAAGGGCUUCACUGAGCCAGGUACGUGUGUGACCCCAGCAGGAAAACGAGCCUAGGACCCUGGCGUUGCUAACACCGUGCUCUUUCCAACCGAGGCACGCAGACCACUCCAAAAGACUAUCUAUGAACGCUUCAUUUUUAGGAGCAAUGUUUCAUCGCUAUGCAUGGUGUUUGUGUUAGUGAGUGAGUUUUGUGUUAAUUUUAUUGUAUGUAGAUCGAUACGUGGUACUGGGGGCUCAGAGGGAUGCGUGGGGUCCAGGCUACGCUAAAGCUACUGUCGGGACCACACUGCUGCUGGAGCUGGCUAGAGCUGUGUCUGAGAUGGUACACACAGGUAACACACAUGUCAAUACGUUAACACAUACACAUCAAUACAUUAACACAUACACACACACACACACACAUCAAUACACACAUCAAUGCAUACACACACACAUCAAUGCAUACACACACACACACACACACACAUCAAUGCAUUACCACACACACAUCAAUACUAUGGAACGCCGUUUGGGUCUUUGUGUGUCAAAAAAGAUACGUCAAAUAACACUAUUUGACGCGUCAAAUAACUAAAUCCUAUUAUAGAAUGUUGUGCGUGCUGAAUUUGCACGUGCUAGCCAAGCACCACCACUAUGAUCAGUAGCACUGUCAAAGCUGUACAAAAAAAACAAGUCUGCAAACAAGCACACACACCGGCCAUGAUGCGUUUACAAUACUGCGUUGGUAAUAUGGCAUUAUUUGUUCGACCGAAUGGGAAAACGUCUGUGUGAGCAUUUGAAAUAAGAUCAGUAUCAAAACAAUUUGCAAAUAUCUUUGAUACAGAUGUUUUUAGAAACAUCUGGGGUAGCUAGCUAGCUUUGGUAUGGUACCAUCCUAGCUAGCACCAAUGCAACCAGCCUGAAAACAAUGACCAGUAGAAACUGCAGUCAUUUUCAAUAUUCUUAGCAAUGAUUUAGGGAUCCAUGUGAGUAAGUAUUAACCCUGUUGCCCAACGCUAACGUUAUAAGCAGCCUGCUAGCUUCAGGGAGGCUUGACCGGACUGGGUUAUUUGUUGAGAAGCUAGCCACAAUGAGGAUUAGCCACAAUAGUGGAAUUUGCGGUUCGCCUUCAAAAUAAAGGUCCCUCUUUGAAAGUGACGCAAAUUGUUAUAAAAUCAAAUUGUAUUGGUCACAUACCCAUGUUAUUGCGGGUGUAGCGAAAUGCUUGUGUUUCUACAAUUGGUGGAAUCAUGCCAUAUUUAGACUAGAUAAUGUUAAACAAGGUUGGAAUGUGGAGCAAUGAAAUGGGGUAUCAGUCUACUCGGUGACACCCACAGAACACAACUGUGAAUAGUUUACGCAAAUAUUAGCAUCGUAGCUCUUAUUGCAGGACUUUGGCUGUGGGAAAUCACCUCACCAGUGAGCCUAUGGUGCGUAUUGACAUUCAUAUUGCCCUGUACAGCCUUACCUAAGGAUUUGGGAUCAAUGAAAUGGGGUAUCAGUCUAUUCAGUACCCAAGUGCUUUUUACCCAAAGUCCUAAAGUCCUCCUCGGUUAUCAGACUGCAAAACAUCCACGUUGUAUUGUUUUUCCUCUGGAAUAGUGUUCAAUACACACAGCUGCCUUGAGAUCAUUGACAAGAUCCUCCCGUGUAGUUCUGGGCUGAUUCCUCACCGUUCUCAUGAUCAUUGCAACUCCACGAGGUGAGAUCUUGCAUGGAGCCCCAGGCCGAGGGAGAUUGACAGUUAUUUUGCGUUUCUUCCAUUUGCGAAAAAUCGCACCAACUGUUGUCACCUUCUCACGAAGCUGCUUGGCGAUGGUCUUGUAGCCCAUUCCAGCCUUGUGUAGGUCUACAAUCUUGUCCCUGACAUCCUUGGAGAGCUCUUUGGUCUUGGCCAUGGUGGAGAGUUUGGAAUCUGAUUGAUUGAUUGCUUCUGUGGACAGGUGUCUUUUAUACAGGUAACAAACUGAGAUUAGGAGCACUCCCUUUUAAGAGUGUGCUCCUAAUCUCAGCUCGUUACCUGUAUAAAAGACACCUGGGAGCCAGAAAUCUUUUUGAUUGUCGUUACCUGUAUAAAAGACACCUGGGAGCCAGAAAUCUUUUUGAUUGAGAGGGGGUCAAAUACUUAUUUCCCUCAUUAAAAUGCAAAUCAAUUUCUAACAUUUUUGACAUGCGUUUUUCUAGAUUUUGUUGUUGUUAUUCUGUCUCUCACUGUUCAAAUAAACCUACCAUUAAAAUUAUAAACUGAUCAUUUCUUUGUCAGUGGGCAAACGUAGAAAAUCAACAGGGGAUCAAAUACUUUUUUCCCUCGCUGUAUGUACAGUGGGGGAAAAAAGUAUUUAGUCAGCCACCAAUUGUGCAAGUUCUCCCACUUAAAAAGAUGAGAGAGGCCUGUAAUUUUCAUCAUAGGUACAUAAUAUAAUAAAUAAUAUAAUAUAUAAUAAUAAUGUCAACUAUGACAGACAAAAUGAGGGAAAAAAAUCCAGAAAAUCACAUUGUAGGAUUUUUAAUGAAUUUAUUUGCAAAUUAUGGUAGAAAAUAAGUAUUUGGUCAAUAACAAAAGUUUCUCAAUACUUUGUUAUAUAUCCUUUGUUGGCAAUGACACAGGUCAAACGUUUUCUGUAAGUCUUCACAAGGUUUUCACACACUGUUGCUGGUAUUUUGGCCCAUUCCUCCAUGCAGAUCUCAUCUAGAGCAGUGAUGUUUUGGGGCUGUCGCUGGGCAACACAGACUUUCAAUUCCCUCCAGAUUUUCUAUGGGGUUGAGAUCUGGAGACUGGCUAGGCCACUCCAGGACCUUGAAAUGCUUCUUACGAAGCCACUCCUUCAUUGCCCGGGCGGUGUGUUUGGGAUCAUUGUCAUGCUGAAAGACCCAGCCACGUUUCAUCUUCAAUGCCCUUGCUGAUGGAAGGAGGUUUUCACUCAAAAUCUCACGAUACAUGGCCCCAUUCAUUCUUUCCUUUACACGGAUCAGUCGUCCUGGUCCCUUUGCAGAAAAACAGCCCCAAAGCAUGAUGUUUCCACCCCCAUGCUUCACAGUAGGUAUGGUGUUCUUUGGAUGCAACUCAGCAUUCUUUGUCCUCCAAACACGACGGGUUGGGUUUUUACCAAAAAGUUAUAUUUUGGUUUCAUCUGACCAUAUGACAUUCUCCCAAUCCUCUUCUGGAUCAUCCAAAUGCACUCUAGCAAACUUCAGACGGGCCUGGACAUGUACUGGCUUAAGCAGGGGGACACGUCUGGCACUGCAGGAUUUGAGUCCCUGGCGGCGUAGUGUGUUACUGAUGGUAGGCUUUGUUACUUUGGUCCCAGCUCUCUGCAGGUCAUUCACUAGGUCCCCCCGUGUGGUUCUGGGAUUUUUGCUCACCGUUCUUGUGAUCAUUUUGACCCCACGGGGUGAGAUCUUGCGUGGAGCCCCAGAUCGAGGGAGAUUAUCAGUGGUCUUGUAUGUCUUCCAUUUCCUAUUAAUUGCUCCCACAGUUGAUUUCUUCAAACCAAGCUGCUUACCCAUUGCAGAUUCAGUCUUCCCAGCCUGGUUUGGAGUGUGACUGUUUGAGGUUGUGGACAGGUGUCUUUUAUACUGAUAACAAGUUCAAACAGGUGCCAUUUAAUACAGGUAACGAGUGGAGGACAGAGGAGCCUCUUAAAGAAGAAGUUACAGGUCUGUGAGAGCCAGAAAUCUUGCUUGUUUGUAGGUGACCAAAUACUUAUUUUCCACCAUAAUUUGCAAAUAAAUUCAUAAAAAAUCCUACAAUGUGAUUUUCUGGAAAAAAAAAUCUCAAUUUGUCUGUCAAAGUUGACGUACCUAUGAUGAAAAUUACAGGCCUCUCUCAUCUUUUUAAGUGGGAGAACUUGCACAAUUGGUGGCUGACUAAAUCCUUUUUUCCCCACUGUAUGUAUGUAUGUAUGUAUGUAUACUGAGAUCAUGUGACACUUAGAUUGCACACAGGUGGACUUUAUUUAACUAAUUAUGUGACUUCUGAAAGUAAUUGGUUGCACCAGAUCUUAUUUAGGGGCUUCAUAGCAAAGGGGUGAAUACAUAUGCACGCACCACUUUUCCGUUGUUUUAUUUUUUUAUUUUUUUGAGGAGGAAAAAAAUAAUUUCACUUCACCAAUUUUGAGUAUUUUGGGUAUGUCCAUUACAUUAAAUAAAAAUUAAAAUCCAUUUAAAUCACAGGUGGUAAUGCAACAAAAUAGGAAAAAUGCCAAGGGGGAUGAAUACUUUUGCAAGGCGCUGUACAUUUUUUAUGAACAUGUUAAAUUAUGUGAUGUGCAGUCAUAUUCAGGUCCUGAUUGGUGUUAUUUGACAUGUAUCUUUUUUGACACUCAGAGACACAAAUGGCGUUCCAUACAAUACGUUAACACGCAUCAAUGCAUUGACACACACACAUCAAUGCAUUCACACACACACACACACACACACACACAUCAACACACACACACACACGCAUCAACACACACACACAUCAACACAUCAACCCACACACACACACACACACACAUCAACGCAAACAUCAAUGCGUUAACACACACACACACUGGCAUUAACACUCAUGAACGUCAACACAUUAACACACGUCAAUGCAUCAACACAAUCUCUCACACACACACACACACACACACACAUUCUGACAUUUGUGUGUGUGUGUGUGUGUAGAUGGUUUCCGUCCCAGGAGGAGUCUGGUGUUUGCCAGUUGGAGUGCAGGAGAGUACGGCAGUGUUGGAGCUACAGAGUGGCUGGAGGUGAGAACUACACACACACACACACUAUGGGUGGAACGUUCCUCUUCAGGAUAAGGCAGUGUUUCAGCUAACGGUAUUUGAUGAGAACAAUGUCUCUGGAUGGCGCUGAUUGGACCAGCCUCUAAAGUAGCAGUGUGUCAUAUUUAAUGUUGUGUGUGUGUUCCUCUCCAGGGUUACCUCUCCUCUCUGGACAAAAGAGCUUUCACCUACAUCAGCCUGGACGGCGUAGUCACUGGUGAGUGUACACACACACACACACACACCACCAAAAUACUUCAUAAAGUAUAUGCUAAAUGGCAUAUUAUAUUAUAAAGUAUCCUUUUAAUAUACGUGUGUGGGUGUGAUCCUCAGGAAAAGCUGAUGUUAAAGUGUCUGCCAGUCCCCUGCUCUACAGCCUUCUGCAAAGCACCAUGAAAGAGGUGAAGAAUCCCAUUGGUUUUGGAGAGUCUGGGAAGUCUCUGUAUGAUCAGGUGUCUGGAGUCAACUUUGAGAAGGCAGUGUGAGUACGCCACACCUAUCACUCCAAUGAUAUAUCACUCCAAUGAUAUGUGUGUACAGUGGGCCUAAUGUGUGUGUGUUAUCAGGUUUGAGCCCAUGCAGAUGGAAGACUCUGCAUAUCCGUUCCUGGCCUUCUCUGGAAUCCCCUCUCUCUCCUUCCGCUUCGUCUCUGAGAAGGUGAGACACACACACACACUGUCAGGUUUGGAUGUGUUUACAAAUGGUUCAAUAACCCGUCUCUAAUAUAGGGGUGGGGGUAACCUAGAUUUCUCUCUCUAAUAUAUAUAUAUAUAUAUACAUAUAGUGAGGGAAAAAAGUAUUUGAUCCCCUGCUGAUUUUGUACGUUUGCCCACUGACAAAGAAAUGAUCAGUCUAUCAUUUUAAUGGUAGGUUUAUUUGAACAGUGAGAGACAGAAUAACAACUAAAAUAUCCAGAAAAACGCAUGUCAAAAAUGUUAGAAAUUGAUUUGCAUUUUAAUUAGGGAAAUAAGUAUUUGACCCCCUCUCAAUCAGAAAGAUUUCUGGCUCCCAGGUGUCUUUUAUACAGGUAACGAGCUGAGAUUAGGAGCACACUCUUAAAGGGAGUGCUCCUAAUCUCAGUUUGUUACCUGUAUAAAAGACACCUGUCCACAGAAGCAAUCAAUCAAUCAGAUUCCAAACUCUCCACCAUGGCCAAGACCAAAGAGCUCUCCAAGGAUGUCAGGGACAAGAUUGUAGACCUACACUAGGCUGGAAUGGGCUACAAGACCAUCGCCAAGUAGCUUGGUGAGAAGGUGACAACAGUUGGUGCGAUUCUUCGCAAAUGGAAGCAACGCAAAAUAACUGUCAAUCUCCCUCGGCCUGGGGCUCCAUGCAAGAUCUCACCUCGUGGAGUUGCAAUGAUCAUGAGAACGGUGAGGAAUCAGCCCAGAACUACACGGGAGGAUCUUGUCAAUGAUCUCAAGGCAGCUGGGACCAUAGUCACCAAGAAAACAAUUGGUAACACACUACGCCGUGAAGGACUGAAAUCCUGCAGCGCCCGCAAGGUCCCCCUGCUCAAGAAAGCACAUAUACAGGGCCGUCUGAGGUUUGCCAAUGAACAUCUGAAAGAUUCAGAGGAGAACUGGGUGAAAGUGUUGUGGUCAAAUGAGACCAAAAUCGAGCUCUUUGGCAUCAACUCAACUCGUCGUGUUUGGAGGAGGAGGAAUGCUGCCUAUGACCCCAAGAACACCAUCCCCACCGUCAAACAUUGAGGUGGAAACAUUAUGCUUUGGGGGUGUUUUUCGGCUAAGGGGACAGGACAACUUCGCCACAUCAAAGGGACGAUGGACGGGGCCAUGUACCGUCAUCUUGGGUGAGAACCUCCUUCCCUCAGCCAGGGCAUUGAAAAUGGGUCAUGGAUGGGUAUUCCAGCAUGACAAUGACCCAAAACACACGGCCAAGGCAACAAAGGAGUGGCUCAAGAAGAAGCACAUUAAGGUCCUGGAGUGGCCUUGCCAGUCUCCAGACCUUAAUCCCAUAGAAAAUCUGUGGAGGGAGCUGACGGUUCGAGUUGCCAAACGUCAGGAUCGAAACCUUAAUGACUUGGAGAAGGUCUGCAAAGAGGAGUGGAACAAAAUCCCUCCUGAGAUGUGUGCAAACCUGGUGGCCAACUACAAGAAACGUCUGACCUCUGUGAUUGCCAACAAGGGUUUUGCCACCAAGUACUAAGUCAUGUUUUGCAGAGGGGUCAAAUACUUAUUUCCCUCAUUAAAAUGCAAAUCAAUUUAUAACAUUUUUGACAUGCGUUUUUCUGGAUAUCUUUGUUGUUAUUCUGUCUCUCACUGUUCAAAUAAACCUACCAUUAUAAUUAUAGACUGAUCAUGUCUUUGUCAGUGGGCAAACGUACAAAAUCAGCAGGGGAUCAAAUAAUUUUUUCCCUCACUAUAUAUGUGUGUGUGUAAUAUAUAUAUAUAUAGAGAUAUAUAUAUAUAUAUAUCUCUAUUACUACCAAUCAAAAGUUUGGACACACAUACUCAUUCAAGGGUUUUUCUUUAUUUUUUAUUAUUUUUUACAUUGUAGAAUAAUAGUGAAGACAUCAAAACUAUGAAAUAACACAUGAAAUCAUGUAGUAACCAAAAAAGUGUUAAACAAUUCAAAAUAUAUUUGAGAUUCUUCAAAUAGCCACCCUUUGCCUUGAUGACAGCUUUGCACACUCUUGGGAUUCUCUCAACCAUCUUCAUGAGGUAGUCACCUGGAAUACAUUUCAAUUAACAGGUGUGCCUUCUUAAAAGUUAAUUUGUGGAAUUUCUUUCCUUCUUAAUGUGUUUGAGCCAAUCACUUGUGUUGUAACAAGGUAGGGGUGGUAUACAGAAGAUAGCCCUUUUUGGUAAAACACCAAGUCCAUAUUAUGGCAAGAACAGCUCAAAUAAGCAAAGAGAAACGACAGUCCAUCAUUACUUUAAGACAUGAAGGUCAGUCAAUAGGGAAAAUGUCAAGAACUUUGAAAGUUUCUUCAAGUGCAGUCGCAAAAACCAUCAAGUGCUAUGAUGAAACUGGCUCUCAUGAGGACCGCCACAGGAAUGGAAGACCCAGAGUUACCUCUGCUGCAGAGGAUAAGUUCAUUAGAGUUACCAGCCUAAGAAAUUGCAGCCCAAAUAAAUGCUUCACAGAGUUCAAGUAACAGACACAUCUCAACAUCAACUGUUCAGAGGAGACUGUGAAUCCGGCCUUCAUGGUCGAAUUGCUGCAAAGAAACCACUACUAAAGGACACCAAUAAGAAGAAGAGACUUGCUUGGGCCAAGAAACACGAGCAAUGGACAUUAGACCGGUGGAAAUUAUAGUAAAAAUAAAGACAAACCCUUGAAUGAGUAGGUGUCCAAACUGUUCACUGGUAUAUACAGUACCAGUCAAAAGUGUGGACACACCUACUCAUUCAUGGGUUUUUCUUUAUUUUUACAAUUUUCUACAUUGUAGAAUAAUAGUGAAGACAUCAAAACUAUGAAAUAACACAUAUGGAUUUCUUCAAAGUAGCCACCCUUUGCCUUGAUGACAGCUUUGCACACUCUUGGUAUUCUCUCCACCAGCUUUACCUGGAAUGCUUUUCCAACAGUCUUGAAGGAGUUCCCACACGUGCUGAGCACUUGUUGGCAGCUGUUCCUUCAGUCUGCGGUCCGACUCAUCCCAAACCAUCUCAAUUGGGUUGAUGUCAGGGGAUUGUGGAAGCCAGGUCAUCUGAUGCAGCACUCCAUCACUCUCCUUCUUGGUCAAAUAGCCCUUACACAGCCUGGAGGUGUGUUGGGUCAUUGUCCUGUUGAAAAACAAAUGAUAGUCCCACUAAGCCCAAACCAGAUGGGAUGGCGUAUCGCUGCAUAAUGCUGUGGUAGCCAUGCUGGUUAAGUGUGCCUCAAAUUCUAAAUAAAUCAGUGUCACCAGCAAAGCACCCCCACACCAUAACACCACCUCCUCCAUGCUUUACGGUGGGAUACACAUGCGGAAAUCAUCCGUUCACCCACACCGCGUCUCACAAAGACACAGCAGUUGGAACCAAAAAUCCCAAAUUUGGACUCCAGACCAAAGGACAAAUUUCCACCGGUCUAAUGUCCAUUGCUCGUGUUUCUUGGCCCAAGCAGGUCUCUUCUUCUUAUUGGUGUCCUUUAGAAGUGGUUUAUUUGAAGCAAUUCGACCAUGAAGGCCUGAACACAUUAAGAAGGAAAGAAAUUCCACAAAUUAACUUUUAACAAGACACACCUGUUAAUUGAAAUGCAUUCCAGGUGACUACCUCAUGAAGGGGUUAAGAGAAUGCCAAGAGCGUGCAAAGCUGUCAUCAAGGCAAAGGGUGGCUACUUUGAAGAAUGUGAAAUAUAAAUUAGAUUUUGAUUUGUUUAACACUUUUUUUUUUUGGUUACUACAUGAUUCCAUAUGUGUUAUUUCAUUGCAAUGUAGAAAACAGUAAAAAUAAAGAAAAACCCUUGAAUGAGUAGGUGUGUCCAAACUUUUGACUGGUACUGGAUUUAAAUCAUAUUCAAAUCAACUAUAUAUGCUCUAACAUUGUCUGUCUCCGUGUGUGUGUCUGUUGUAGGCUUACCCUUACUACGGCACCUCUUUUGACAACAAGGAAUACCUUGGUUACGCCACCGCCCAUCAUCUUAGUUCCAUAGCCACUGGGGCGGGAUUGGUCGCAGGUCAGUUGGCGUUACGACUGGUCCACGAUCACGUGCUGCGUCUGGACGUGCAAUACUACAAGACGGUUCUCAGGCAAUGGGUGGUCAAAAUCAACCAGCGCCUCAAACAAGUCACCCGGGUUUGUUUUCAUGGUUGAUUUUGGUUACAUUGUAGUUGUUGUUUUUGGGCACAGCCCUAAUUAUAAUGUUAUUUUGUUACAGAAUGGUUCUGCGGAGGGUCUGUCAGCUAAUUGGCUCAUAAAGGCCAUUGGGUCCUACAGUACCGCUGCUGAUGACCUCAACAUUGAACUACUCAACACCGACUUCACUGACACACUGGCCUGCCACAACAUCAACGACCGCAUGAUGAGGGUGAGACGUACACACACACAAACGCAAACCCUUGUCAUCUAAACAGAUCAAGGCCAUAGGGCUCCAGUUUUAUAGCGAACACAAGUCAGUUAGUAGUGGUUCUGUCUUGAUUCAUAAAUGAACAUUGGAUUCUCCUCUCUCUGUCCACAGGUGGAACACAACCUCCUCUCACAGUUUGUCUCCCCCAAGGAGGUUCCGUUCCGCCACCUGCUGUUUGGCCAUGGUUCCCACACCAUGGCAGCCAUGUUGGAAGGGGAGGACAGGGAGGCACUACGGACCCAGCUGGCCCUGGCCACCUGGACUCUACAGGGCUGUGCCAACGCUCUCUCUGGAGACGUCUGGGACAUCGACAACCAGAUCUAACACGGUCUAACUGUGUGUGAGGGGGUUCAUCCUCGUUCACUUUAAAACCCAGGAUGAGAUGAACAGGGAUUGGUCAGGAGGUAUUAUGUCAUAAGAGACCUGGAAGUACUGUUUCCAAGUUGUUCCUUCCAGUGUCAGUCACUGGGUUGUCACUAUUUAUCACAGCCACAAAGUCAACAUUGUCUAUCGUAAAAAUUCAUGAAAACAAAAAUUUGCUUUUUGGUCUUCAUUUA